AUGGAGGUCAUUGACCUAGAACCCACCUCAACUGUCGAUGCAGUUCUGGCCGCGGUCAAAAAGGCUAUCCUUGAAGCGAGCAAAGGUGACGCUAAAGUAGCUGCCGCUUGCGGUGAUAUCUCUGUUACCUCCAUGUGGAAGCUCACCAAUGGUCAACAAGUUGCCAAGGUCAGAGUACCUAGAUCGGCGAAACCCACAGAGGUCAGUCGCGUCAGGGUUGGCUGGACUAACUGCCGCUUUAGGAUCCGUCACCCAGAAGCCACCAGGUGCUUCAAGUGCCAUGGCUUCGGGCACUCUCAGGGCAGAUGCUCCGGCCCUGAUAUGAGCGACUCCUGCCGCAAAUGUGGGGACAAGUCCCACAAGGAGAAGGAGUGUCCCUCUGACAAAUGCGUUGCAUGCGACCGCGCUGGACUGAAGCAGGGUCCUCACAGACCUGGUUCCGCUGCCUGUGGCGCUAAGCGUGCAGCUGAGUCCUGCGCUCAAACAACCGCCGCAAUGAUUAACCUCCUGCAAGUUACCUGA